AUGUACGACACUAUCAUAAUCGGCGCAGGACUCAGCGGUCUCCAAGCCGCACUCAACAUCCACGAAGCUGGUCACUCAGUCCUUGUUCUAGAAGCCCGUGACAGGGUCGGCGGAAAAACAUGCACAGCUUCGCUCGAAACAGGCGGAUGUGUUGAUCUUGGUGCUGCCUGGAUCAAUGACACAAACCAGUACCGCAUGCAUGGCUAUGCACAGCGCUUUGGACUCGAGCUCAUCAAGCAGAAUACAGAGGGAAAUGGGUUGAUGCAAGACCUAGAUGGAACAAUUAUUCCAUUCGCGUAUGGGACUACACCACCGUUUGCAAAUGCAUCUGAUGUUGAGAAUCUUGAACAAAUUAGAGAUGCAAUUCACGAGCUUUCUAUUCAGGCUCGAGAAUCUCUAGUUGCAGGCUCGACGAAUGAACAGGUUCUACAGCUUGAUCAGAUCACCUUGAAUGAAUAUGUUCAACGUCAGCGGGGAAGUGAAAGAACCUUGAAGAUGGUCAAUCUCUGGACUCAAGUCAUGCUCGGUGUGGACUCCAACGAAAUCAGUGCUGGGUGCUUUGUGGAUUAUUGCGCGAAGGGAGGUGGCUUAAUGCAAAUGCGCUCUGAUAGCAAGCACGGAGGACAGUAUCUGCGUUUUCGCAAAGGCACCCAAUCAGUUGCCAAUAAUCUGGCCAAAUUACUCCCACGGGGAUCCAUCCAUCUUUCAUCGCCAGUAAAAGCCGUGGCUGACCAUGGAACCAAAGUUCAAGUGACGGUGGCAUCACCUCUCUCAACCGAGAAAGUCUUUACUGCUCGAAAACUGAUUAUCUCAAUCCCCACUCCGCUCUACAAAGAUAUCACUUUCUCUCCCGCACUUCCAGAGCGCAAGUGGACCGCUAGCACCAGUACUAAGCUGGGCACUUAUACCAAAUCAAUUCUUAUCUACAAGGAGCCAUGGUGGGUCGAGAAGAAUCUCUGCGGACUCAUUCUUAGCUAUGACGGACCUAUUGUUGUAACUCGGGAUACUAGCAGCGCCGCAGACGGUCAAUUUUCAUUGACUUGCUUUGUGAAUGGGUCUAUCGGUCGAAAGUGGAGUGAGAUGGCUCCGUUCAAAAGGCAAGCUGCGGUUUUGCAGCAUCUCUUUCAGAUUACUGGAGAUGCGAAGGCUUUGGAACCGAUUGAUGCUUUGGAGAGGCAGUGGAUGAAUGAAGAAUGGAGUCAGGGUGCUGUAUGUCCGAUUAGUGGGCCUGGAGUUAUGACUUCUGUUGGGAAUAUUCAUUUUGUUGGAACGGAGUUUGCCAAGGAGUGGAAGGGAUAUAUGGAAGGAGCAGUCAGCUCGGGCGAAGAAGGUGCGAAGGAAGUGUUAAAGCUUUUGGAGAAAAGGCCAAAGUUGUAA